AUGUCAUCGUCAUUAUUUGAUCGUAUUUUAUCGAGCUCUAUUAAUGUUAAACAUCGACUCGAAUCUCUGUUAAAUAUAUGCCGCAUUUAUAAACAUCCGUCAUGGUUAAGUGAUGAUUCAUGUGACGAAUUUUACCGAUUUUAUGGGCCAGAUCUUUCAGAUAUUCAAGAACUUGAAGAUUCUAUUGUGUCUAUUUCAGUACUAAUUGAGCAUCUUCAGCAUGAACGAAAUUCAACGGAAACCUGUGAACCUUUUCCAAACUAUCCUUUGUGUAAAAAUGGUUGGACAUUAAAAGAUAUCGAACAAAUAGAAAAAGAGCAAGUUCUAAAUUUAAAUAUUUUAAAUCUAAUAAAUUUACAUUCGUUCAAUGCAUGCAAUAAUGAAUUAGAUAAACAACAAUGUUUAAAAUCAGAAUUAGAUAAUACACACAUAAUAUCAAACGAUCGUAGGCAUUUGAAUACAAGGUCACUAUCAACCAUUCCAAAUUCAUGUUUAUCGUGUACUACAAAUAAAAAUCUCCUUGAUCUUCCAAUAGAACUUCUUCUUCACAUAUUUUCAUUUAUAUCUCCUUUUGAACUCAUAACAAAUCUUGCACCUACUUGCCGUUAUUUUGCAAGUCUUGUUUUGAAUCAUGUUUAUACUCACAUUGAUCUGUACAAAGCAGCUUCUGUUUUUGAUGUAACACGUUUAUUAUCUUAUCUAACAUGUCUUCGAACCAUAGCAUUUAUUAAUUGGGACAAUGAAGUAAGUAUUCUUGCAUGGGCUAUAUGGUUUGAUAGAAUUUCUAAGGCAACUUCUAAUCUUCAUACAAUCCGUUUUCAAAAUGUUUAUAUUUCUCCGAUAUUAAUUUGUUUUAUUGUUGAAUAUUUUCCUCAUUGUUUACAAUCAAUUAUAUUCGAUUAUCAACAAGUUAAAUCCUAUGAAAGAUUCGAUUUAAUUCUAUCAUUGCUUGCCGAUAAAACAAUUCAAUUAAAACAUAUAACUGCUUCAUACCAAACAGGAAUCACUAAUUUUGGCAUUUUACAACUUGUUAAUAACUUGAAUAUGGUUGUAGAAUUAAAUUUGCUUUAUAUUGAAGCAAUUAAUGAUGAGACAGUAAAAAUUUUAUGUGAUAAGCAUAAUACUUAUUUGGAAAUACUCAAAAUUGAUGGUGCUCAAUUAACAGACAAAGCUUUGGAAUAUAUUGAUUGUUGUCGAAAAUUGAAAUCAUUUAUGAUUGAGUUUUGUACAAAUAUGAUAGGCUCCAAUUUUUAUAUAUUCCAAAAUUUUGAUAAUCUUAAAGAAUUAUGUUUAUCAAAAUUAACUAAUGCAUCAUUGGAAUCAUUUCAACUAUUGUUUGACGGAAAGCAUAUUUUUAGAAAUUUAGCUCUGCUUAAAUUAGGCGAAUGUCAUUCAAUCGAUGAUAAUUGCGUUCGAUCAAUUAUCACAAUGUGUCCUCGUCUCAUUGAUUUCAUGUGUUCAUGGGCAUAUAGUCUAACUGAUGAUAGUUUCAAUGAGAUAGCCAUGCGAUGUCAGCAUCUUCGACGUUUAUCAUUAGUAGGUUGCCAUCAAAUUUAUGGUCGAAUAUUAGAUUAUGUACCGGAAAAAUAUUUUCAUCAUAUAGAAUAUCUUAAUUUUGAACAAUGUAAUCAAAUAGAAGAUGAACUUUUAAUUAAAUUAUAUAAAAGAAAAAAAUCGAUAUCCAUUAUUAAUUAUUAUGGAACAUCUGUUGAUGACGAUGAUGAUGAUGAUCAUGACGAUGAUGAGGAUGAUUUAAAAAGUUUUUAA